AUGGCUGCUCUGCCAGGAUGUUCACCACCUCUGAUGGUGGAUGGAGCGGUUCCUGUGCUAAAAUCCAAGGGUAACGGCACAGAGAACUUCUUGCAGAUGUUGUGCAGGACACAGCAGGCUUUGAUGGUGCAUGCCACCAACUCAGGUUUUAUUAGCUUCAGCUUCAGUGUUCCUCGUCAUUAUGUCUUUGUGAAGGAAUCCAAGACUUGGGUAGAAGCUCAGAGAUACUGUAGAGAUAAAUACACUGAUCUGGCCACCAUUGAAAAUGAUCAACAAACAAACCAGUUAAUCAAGACAUUCAAAGAUGAUUCCAUUGAUUUGGCCUGGAUUGGGCUCUAUGAUGAUCUGAACAGUUGGAAAUGGACUCUAGAGGACAGUGAUUUCUUCAAAGUGGGAGAGAAAGACUUCAGGAACUGGUUUAAAUGGGACCAAGUGAAUUAUGGAGGACAAUACAUGUAUGUGUAUAUGAACAUAUACAGUGGGAUGUGGUAUUCAACAGGCUGGUUUAGCAAAUAUCCAUUUAUCUGCUAUGACGGGAGAAUGAAUGCUAGUGCAAGUUAUGUGUUUGUUUCCCAGUACAAAAACUGGACUGAAGCUCAGAGUUACUGCAGAGAACAUCACACAGACCUCGUCAGAAUCAGAAAUGAGACUGAAAACUACAGAGUUCAGUCAUUAGUUCCAUAUGAUUAUUAUUACGCUGUUUGGAUUGGACUGUACCAAACCAGAUAUUGGUCAGAUCAGAGCAACUCUUCAUUCAGUAACUGGAGGACAGGAGAGCCAGAUAGUACUGGAUCCUGCACUGUAGUUUCUUUUAGAGACUCUGGGAAAUGGACUGAUGAAUUCUGCUUCUCUAGAUUUCCUUUCAUUUGCUACAGUGUGUCAUCUUUGACAUCAUCCCACCAGUAUCACUUUGUAUCUGAGAAUAAGACCUGGACUGAAGCUCAGACAUACUGCAGACAGAGUUACACUGAUCUGGCCACCAUUGAUAACAUGGAGGAAAUGAACAGGCUGAUUAACACAGUUAAUGGGAGUUACAAUGGUUCAGCCUGGAUUGGAUUGUAUGAUGAUGUACUAGGGAACAGCUGGAGAUGGUCUUUGGAAGACAAUGAUUUAUAUCAGAAAGGAGAGAGAGAUUUCAGGAACUGGUAUCAUGAACCGGACAACAACGGGGGGAAAGAACUGUGUGUUUACAUGGAUUAUAAUGGCAAAUGGUUUGAUAAGUCAUGUGGCAAUUCUAACACAUUUGUUUGCUACGAUGGUAGAGCGAAUUCCACACAGAAUUACAUCAAAAUCAAUGACUGGAAAACCUGGUCAGAGGCUCGUAGAUACUGCAGAGAACACUACACAGAUCUUGCCAAUGUGAGAAAUCAGACUGAGAACCAGAGGAUCCUUGAGAGAGCAGGUGGAAGAAUCUGGAUCGGCCUGUACAGAAACAGAACUUGGUCUGACCAUCAGAUUACCAAUUAUGAAAACUGGAAACCAGGAGUUCCUCAUUUACUAGAGCAACCAGAUAAUGGUGUACAAGAUUAUGUGGAAAUAGGUUUUCAGCAAUGUACUGCUGUAUCACUCAAGGAUUCUGGCCGAUGGACCGAUGAGAACUGCUUCCUCAGCAUUCCUUUCUUCUGCUACAACAGCUCCUGCACACAAUCUUCAUGUACCCGUGAGUACCACUUUGUGUUUGAGAAUAAGACCUGGACUGAAGCUCAGACAUACUGCAGACAGAAAUACACUGAUCUGGCCACAAUUGAUAACAUGGAGGAAAUGAACAGGCUGAUUAACACAGUUAAUGGGAGUUACAGCGGUUCAGCCUGGAUUGGAUUGUAUGAUGAUGUGAACAGCUGGAGAUGGUCACUGGAUAAUGCGGCAUUAGAGGGAGGUUUUAAAAGCUGGUAUGUCCGGCAACCAGAGAACUGGGGUGGACAGAGUCUGUGUGUGAUAAUGUACACAUUCUAUGGUUUAUGGUAUAACGUUCCAUGCUCCAGCUUGUAUUACUUUGUUUGCUAUGAUGAGAAUGUCAGUACAAAAUAUGUGUUUGUUAACCAAUCAAAAACCUGGACUGAAGCUCAAAGUUACUGCAGAGAAAAUCACACAGACCUCAUCAGCAUCAGAAAUGAGACUGAAAUCCAUAAGAUCCAAAAUUUGCUCCAGAAUUACUCCCCUUACUCUGUUUGGAUUGGACUGUACAGACCCAGAUAUUGGUCAGAUCAGAGCAACUCUUCAUUCAGUAACUGGAUGACAGGUCAGCCAUAUACUGCUGGAUCCUGCAUUGUAGUCUCAUUUAGAGAGACUGGGAAAUGGACAAAUGAAAACUGCAAUACUGCAUUACCUUUCAUUUGCUACAAUGUGUCAUCUUUGACAUCAACCCGCCAAUAUCACUUUGUGUCUGAGAAUAAGACCUGGACUGAAGCUCAGAGAUACUGCAGACAGAGUUACACUGAUCUGGCCACCAUUGAUAACAUGGAGGAAAUGAACAGGCUGAUUAACACAGUUAAUGGGAGUUACAAUGGUUCAGCCUGGAUUGGACUGUAUGAUGACGUGAACAGCUGGAGAUGGUCUUUGGAAGAUAAUGACUUCUAUCAGGAAGGAGAGAAAGAUUUCAGGAACUGGUAUCAUGAACCUGACAACUUUGGUGGAAAAGAAAUGUGUGUUCACAUGUUUUACAGAACCUGGUUUGAUUCAUCAUGUGACAAUGAGCUUACAUUUGUUUGCUAUGAUGGUAGAGAAAACACCUCUCAGAAGUAUAUCUGGGUAUCUGAGGGAAGAACUUGGACUGGAGCUCAGAGCUUCUGCAGAGAGAAAUACACAGACCUGGCCAGUGUAAGAAAUGAAACUGAGAGUCAACAAAUACUAAAUGUCACAUAUGAAAAUUCUGUAUGGAUUGGUCUGCACAGAAACAGACUGUGGUCAGAUCAGAGCAACUCUUCUUUCACAUUUUGGAGACAAAUGGUCAGGAGUAAAACUGCAGAGCCAGAUAAAGGUUCGAACACACCAGGAUGGGCUGGUACUCAACACUGCACAGCUGUGUCUUUACAACAAUUUGGUCAGUGGACAGAUGAGCGAUGCUUGGACAGUUUGCCUUUUUUCUGCUACAGUGGUGAUACGGUGGGGUUGAGAGUGGAAUUCACAAGUGUGGAAAGUUUGUCAAAGUCUCAGAUUGAAGACUUGGUGAUUAUUCAACUCCAGGAAGAAUUUAUAAGGCAGGGACUUCCCAGCAACUUCAACUUCACCAUGCAUUUGAGGAACUAUCGUAAAAAAAAUCCAUGAGAGACUAGGGCAGCAUUCCUGUACACAAAGAAAAUUGUUGUUUCAGUUUUUUAAGUUUGGUGAAUUGCCUCUAAAGCUUGCAGUGCAUUUUCCCCCUGUAAUUUUCUGUAAAAUAACACAGAUCUUAUUUGUAAACAAGGCAGUUAUAAUUUUUUUUUCUUUUUUGGUGGUAAUUUUGUUUGA